AUGCUCUCAUCAGGCACCGGCUCGUCCAUACGCAAGAAGCGCAACUUCAAGGGGCUGCAGCUCGUUGAUUCACCGCUGGCCGGUCCAGGAGAAGCAUCGGCCACAACACCAUCACAAGCCACCGCAGAGGGCUCGGCAAAGUCGAAUGCGUCCACGAUCGGCAAGUCGGGGACAUUGUCAUCGGGCGGAUCAUUGUCAUUGAGGGGCAAUGGCGCGCUCGAUGCAGAGGCAAAUUCGGGAGCCAACUACCACAACAAGUUGACGCAGCAGCUUGCCAACUUGGAGCUCGGCGUCGAAUACAAGCUCGAUCUCAAGAACGAGGAUCUCAAGACCCUCUCAGAGCUCGGCGCUGGAAACGGCGGCACCGUCACCAAGGUGCUGCACGAGAAGAGCGGGACGGUGAUGGCCAAGAAGGUGGUCUUCAUCGAUGCCAAGCCCAGCGUACGCAAGCAGAUCCUUCGCGAGCUGCAGAUCCUGCACGAGUGCCAUUCGCCCUACAUUGUCUCGUUCUACGGCGCCUAUCUCAACGAGCCGCACAUCUGCAUGUGCAUGGAGUUUAUGGAGAAGGACUCGCUGGAUGGCAUCUAUAAGAAGUACGGGCCCAUCUCGCCCGAGAUCUGCGGCAAAGUCGCCGUCGUGGUGGCCCACGGCUUGACCUAUCUCUACGACGUGCAUCGCAUCAUUCAUCGCGACGUCAAGCCGAGCAACAUUCUGGUCAAUGGUGCUGGUCAGAUCAAAAUUUGCGAUUUCGGCGUCAGUGGCGAGCUGAUCAACAGUAUUGCAGACACGUUUGUCGGCACCAGCACGUACAUGUCGCCGGAGCGUAUCCAGGGUGAUCAGUACAGCGUCAAGUCAGACGUCUGGAGUUUGGGUGUUUCGAUUAUCGAAUUGGCAUUGGGUCGCUUCCCUUUUGCAGAGAAUGGAGACGACGACGACCUGUCGGAUGAGGACGACGACUUCCUCAACGGAGACCUGGCAGGGACUUUAUCUCCCACCAAACCAGCGCCAAAGCUGCCAGCGGUCAACAAGGAGAAACAGAAGCGCAGAAAGUCCAAGCCAGCCGGUGUCAGCCUGGAAGGCUCGAGCCAUCAGAUGUCCAUCUUGGAUCUCUUGCAGCACAUUGUCAACGAGCCACCGCCGAAGCUGCCAGAGGGCAAGUUCCCCAAGCUCAUGGAGGACUUUGUCCACCUUUGUUUGCUCAAAGACCCAGCGACGCGACCUACACCCAAGGACCUGACCAAGCAUCAAUACGUGAUCGAGGCGGAAGCGGCCAAGGUAGACCUGCAGGCAUGGGCAGACUCGAUGAAGUAG